GGAAGAUGAAAAUUGUUUAAGAUAAUGCACUUCUAUAGUCCCUGCACUUUCAAUACAAACCAGAUUCGAUACCAACCAUCCGCUCGGAAAAUCAAGUGCUUUCCUUUCAAGGGAUGGUUGGGUGGGGGACACUGAACAACCGCUGUUUCCUGCAGGCUCAUUUUGAAAGGAUCCUUCAUGGAUGAAAGAUGCCGCAAAGCCAUUGAAGCCUUCAGACAACUUUCCUAAAACUUCUCAAGCCAGGGCUUUACCCUUCAGAGAGGCUUCAGAACACUGGCGCAGAUCUCCACGGAAAAAUUGCGGUUUGGGACGAAUGGUGACAACAAUUAUGACAUGAUUUCAGUGUGGGCAUUGGCAUGCCUUUGGAUACAGCUUGCAGGCUUUCACUUCUGGGCUGAUGCUCAAGCUGUCGUUUGUCGAGUCAAGGUGCUCAGCGACUUGGAAGGUGAAAUCGUUGGGAGGGUCGGCAGCGAUGGCACAUCGAGGGAGGGAUGUGCUUGGCACAUCUAUCCCGGGCUGUCUUUGAGAGCCAUUGAAUUUCACUUGCUCGAGCCGGCGCACUUUGAAGGUUCUGACCGGUUGAUUGUCUAUGGGUCUGGAAACAUGCACCCGGCGACCAGAGUCGCAACCUUUCAUCGGGGCAACCCAAUUCCCCCCGGGAUGAUGAUGACUGGCACAUCAGAAGCCAUGCUGGUUCUGAACGGCCAGAACAAUGAGAGCUUUAUCCGUCUCGGAUAUUCUUGCAGGCCGAUUGGUACUCGCAUUGGGGAUAUGUGGUUCUCACCUGUUGGCUAUGCCUGCGUCCUUGCAGCCUUUAUCGUCGUUGGCUUUGCAAUCUCUCUGAUGCCAGUGUACCUCGUGUGCUAUUGCAAAGCCAGGAGAGCUCAGGAUUUGGUGAUGCAAGAAUCGCAGCUGAUGAUGCGUUCUGAGCUUGCCUCACGGUUUCGACAGAACGAAGCCGUGCGUGCGCAAGAGCGGCAAGUGGUUGCUUCUCUGGAGGCCUUGCCCAUUCAAAAAUGGAAAGAUGAGGAGGGGAGGCGGAGAAGUACCAAUGAAUGCUGCCUUUGCUUGGAGGCAUAUGGUGACGAGGAUAUGCUCCGAGUGCUGCCCUGUGGCCACUACUUCCACCAGGCCUGCAUCGACAAGUGGUUCUUUGCCAAUCGCUUCAUACCCAGGUCAUGUCCUCUUUGCAAGCGUGAUCCUGUGUUAAUGAUUCUUUCUCGAGCAGAUGCCCCAGCAGGACAAGAUGAAGAGGCAGUUCCUGCAGAACGUCCAUCGUCUUCAGCUGUAGCCACAGUUUUGCUGAAGGAAUCUCUCUGAGCACUUGAAUUGAAUCUGCCUGCCUGGUUGCAGGAUGCAGGAAAACCAACGUUUUUUGUUUUUAUUUUUAUUUUUGCGUCACACCUUCCCUUAUGCAAGAUGCCCUAAUGAAUCCUUAAGUAUUCUUAAGUUGAUAUGAUCGUAGCCAGGUAUCCAUCAUCGUUAGUGUGAAGUGGGUCGUCCGUCGUUGUUUUGCUGAUGUUUUGCCCAGGGUGACGGAGCCCCCAGGCUGGAGCGCGGUUGAUUUGGACAUGAGCCACCGUGCCACAGCUGCGCCAUGGCUAUGUGGUACUUUUUGUCUCUUCCUCCUUCUCUCCACAAGAGAAGAGAGGUUGAUUUGGGACUUUGGGCCAUGCUUCUUAGUGCGGAUCUCGCCCAUACUGUGCAACAUCAUAGGCUCAGUUCUGGGCCUAGCACGAAUAGUAAGUAGCACAACCAGAUCAGAGCUGCGCUUAGCUGUAGCUUUACGGCUGUGUGGAAGACCUCCGACAUGCUGAACGAUUGUGAAUGAGGUCGUAUCUAUUUCUUCUUUUUUCCACGCCAGUUCCCCUUCGCCUCAAAAAGAUCCACAGAGAUGCAGCCAGGUCUUUGGCAGGGGAUGCAGAUUUUGUCAUUGGUCGCCCCCAGGAAGCCUGGGUUGCCUGACGGAUUGCCUGAGUCGAUGCAAUCGCAUCUCGAGAAGCGAGACACUUCGUCGGCUUAGCCCUGGGGCUUAGCCAGUUUUCUGUCUUUUGGAUCUCAUUGAAUAGAUGUGUCCAAGCAUGUCCAAACCGCGGCACAACGGCCGUUGAGACCGGCCUUAACACCGAUGAAGAAGGUUG